AAACGCUAAGCAACACAGAUAUCGAAUAAACGCAAAGUAAAGUGAAAAUUUGUGUGAAAACGAAAAGUUAAAGACAUUGAAGUGAAUAGAAGAGGAUGGCCUCGCUGGAACCAACGCAAAAUAAAACAUGGGAUCUAUCCCUAUAUGAGCUGCAGCGCAAGCCGCAAGAAAUAAUCACAGACAGCACAGAAAUAGCUGUAUCUCCGCGCAGCCUACACAGCGAAUUAAUGUGCCCCAUUUGCUUGGACAUGCUCAAGAAAACGAUGACCACCAAGGAGUGCUUGCAUCGGUUCUGCUCGGAUUGUAUUGUGACCGCAUUGCGAUCCGGCAACAAGGAGUGUCCCACUUGCCGCAAAAAACUUGUGUCCAAGCGUUCGUUGCGCGCCGAUCCCAACUUUGACUUACUCAUCUCGAAGAUCUAUCCCAGUCGCGAGGAGUACGAAGCCUCGCAGGAGAAAAUCAUGGCCAAAUUCAAUCCAACGCAAUCUCAAAAGGCGCUCGUGAACUCCAUCAACGAGGGCAUCAAGCUGCAGUCGCAGAAUCGGCCGCAACGCUUUCGCACCAACAAGGGUGGAGGCGGGGGUGGUGCUGCUGCCAACAACAAUGGAGGUGGGAACGCCAGCAAUUCUAAUCGUGGUGUGAAUGCUCACGAUACGGCCUCCAAUGACAGCAACAGCAAUACGAACGGUAACGAGCGUGAAUCCCGGGACACCAGUGGAGCGACUGGAGCUGCUGCACCCGCUGCGCCAGCCGCAACAGCUACUACAACGCCCGUCAGCAGCAGCAGCAGUAGCAGCAACGCCACUAACACCACCACCACCACCCAGGCGGGCACAUCAGGCGCUAGCACCUCAUCGAAUCGCAUGCAAGUGGAUGAUGCAUCAAAUCCUCCUUCGGUGCGUAGCACUCCUUCUCCGGUCCCGUCGAAUUCGAGCAGCACGAAGCCGAAGCGUGCGAUGUCGGUGAUGACGUCGGAGCGUUCGGAGGAAUCAGAAUCGGACUCACAAAUGGAUUGCCGCACCGAGGGUGACUCGAAUAUCGAUACCGAGGGAGAGGGCAACGGCGAACUGGGCAUCAAUGAUGAAAUCGAGCUAGUCUUCAAGCCCCAUCCCACAGAAAUGUCCCCUGAUAAUCAGCUGAUCCGUGCACUCAAAGACAACUGUGUAAGGUACAUCAAGACAACAGCGAACGCCACGGUGGACCAUCUCAGCAAGUAUCUAGCGAUACGCCUGACCCUCGACCUGGGCGCCGAUCUGCCAGAGGCCUGUCGCCUGCUCAACUUUUGCAUCUACGUGGCACCGCAGCCGCAGCAGUUGGUCAUCUUGAAUGGCAAUCAGACGCUGCAUCAGGUCAACGACAAAUUCUGGAAGGUGAACAAACCCAUGGAAAUGUAUUACUCAUGGAAGAAGACCUAAAGCGUUACCUUACCUAGUUAAAUGCAUUUUAGUUAUUAAGCAUUCAACAUAUAUAUACUCGUAUAUAUAAUAUUUCAAUGUAUACAUGUUUAGUUUUAUCAUCUAUGUGCUCAACAAGAAUAUAUAUGUAUAGAAGUACACCAUCAAAUUCUCGAUGAUGUAUGUAGAAACCACAGAUCAAUUUUCGUUAUUAUGAUUGCAUAUAAAACAUAUCCAAAAUAUGGUUCCAUAAGUCAGAGCCUAUCCCUGUACGUUGGAGGAAUAUUGUAGAACCGGAUCAGGUUGUCAAGUAAUCAGAGCCAAGGCGCUUGGACAGUGAUUAAAGGUUGCCUUAUGAUAAGAACAAGCGAAUUAUUCUUUGCGUAAUUGGACGUUUGUAAAUGUGUGAAUGUACAUACAUACAGAGCAUUGACGUAGAUAAAAAUAAUUGUAAGAAUACAUUGGUGAGGAACGCUUAAAAUGUAGAUAAUAUUUAGCUAUGCUAUGACUGCUAACCGUCUCACGGAUGCGUUGCUAAUGAAUGUGACUAAUGUGCUUCGCUGGGCUCUAAUUGGGGCUGCGGCUGAGGCAGAGUGUGGUUGACUUAAACAUUUCAAUUUGUUUACAAUUAGUGUUAUAU